AUGUUUGGUCUAGGUGGUCAACCGCAAUUAAACUCUCAACAAAAACUUCAAGCUGCUGAAGCUGAACUAGACUUAGUCACCGAUAUGUUCAACAAAUUGGUUGACAACUGCCACAAGAAGUGUAUUGAACAAAGCUAUAACGACGGUCAGUUGAACAAGAACGAAUCUACAUGUAUUGACAGAUGUGUUGCCAAGUACUUUGAAACCAACGUGAAGGUGGGUGAGAACAUGCAACAAUUGGGCCAAUCCUUUGCUCCAGGCAAGUUCUAA